CUUCUCGUAUUUAUGAUAAAACAAAACAGUUUAACUAUGCCUUUACAGGCAGAUGGUUGUUUACCAUAGAGCUCCAUCUAUUUUUAAAACCUUUACGGCCAGUGACUUAAAAUUUAAAAAAGUUGGAGCGCGGGAAAAUAUUCAAAUUUCGAAUUUGGUGUUCGAUUUUACGAAACGUUUAGUUCAGUGAUUCGGUCAGUAUUUAAGGAAGAUGAGAAGGUUUAUUAAAGUUCUGUUACCUUUCAUAGGUGUAAUGUUGGGUUUUUACUGCAUAACAGGUUCCACUGGCCUGUACAUCUCAAACCUAUCGCAAGCUUGCUACCGCUGCCUGUGCCACGUUGCUACAGGCUGCGCUGUGUCUCACGGCUGCACUGCAGGGUACUGCGGGCCUUUCAACAUCUCCAGGGUGUAUUGGAUAGACGCUGGCAAGGUCACGCUCCCGGAGGACGAUCCUGAGAGAAAUCAUGCGUGGGAAGACUGCGCGAGAAGCUAUCACUGCGCUUCAAGGAUCGUCGAAGGCUAUUUGCAGAAAUUCGGAAAGGAUUGCAACAGCGACGGCGUAACAAACUGCUUCGACUACAUGAUGGUCAACGGCAAUGGCGGAUACGGCUGCACCGCCCCGCUCAACCGUUCCGCCAACGGGCGGCGGUGGCUGCAGAGGUUCCAAGACUGCGCACUCAACUUAUAAAAUAUGAGGGUCAAACCAGUGGGGAGACACUCCUGACUUCGGGCAAACUCGGCUCCGUUCGGCUCAGCAUUGCCCCGAGCAAUUAUUAGGGUUGACACAACUAGACGUCCCUUUGCGUGCACGACCGCAGAUAAUUACUUGAAUUUUGACGACCCUAAAUAGCCGAAGCUGUAGUGACUUUUAGCUUUAUAGAUAUUAAUUAUAAUUUACUCCAUGUCUGUAAAUUAUGUUAUUUACAAACUUUAGUGUAAGAUCAUUUGAUUUAAAAACAGACUAAACGUAACUGCAGUAUUACGUAUUAACAUUACUUAUUUAUGAAAUAUAGUUUGCAUUGCUACUAAAUUAAGUUCGUGUCAAGUACCGGCUUUUACAAAAAAGAAGUUUUCAUCACACUCGCUCAGUAAAUGUGGAAUUGCAUGCAGGUUUAGCGGGAGUUAUAGAAAAAGCUUUCUCCCUAGGGAGUUAUGAAGUUUCAAGUGCCAUAAUUAACAGUUUUUUGUCUUUAUACUUAAUUUUUGUAUCGCAAGUGUGAUGAUAAACAUUGUGUGUAACUCGGGGCGUAAUAAUAUUGCAAACUCGAGUCUAUAAAUCGGUCCGGCAAGUCGUCGCGAUUUAACUUACUCUCGUUUGCAAUAUUUAACUUACGCCCCAUGUUGCACAAGGUACUAUAAAAUUCCUGUUUAACGAGUAACUUUAUGGUAACAUGCAUCAAACAUGCUGUAAAAUUAAAUAAGAAUGUCGUGUCGAA